GUAUGACCAAUCCCCCCUACAUCCAAGAGCACAAGGAGGCGAUGGCUGAGAUACUGGUGCACCCUCGGGUGUACCGUUUCCUGCACAUUCCCAUCCAGGCCGCGAAUGACCGCGUACUGGAAGUGAUGAACAGGGAAUACACAUGCGCUGACUUUGAG